GAAAGUACAAAUGCAGUGUAUGUACAAGGCGACUCAAAUGAAUUUUAUUAUUUAUGGUUGUAUUUCAAAGAAGGAAAUUAGGCGGUUCAUAUGUGACCGCAUUUGAAGGAAGUCAAUUAUAUUUAUUAUACAAAACAAUAGUAGUAAAAAAGUGAAAUAUUAAACUAAAAUUUAUAAUGUCCUCAAAGUUAAGUCAGUGUUCUGUACUUGAGAUAGAAGAAAUUCUUGAUAGGAACUCAGAUUCAGAUACAGAAAAGCCUAUAAAUGCAGUAAACAAAUUACAGAAGAAAAGUGUUAGAAUACAAAAUACACAAAAAAAUGUAUUAAAUGGUGAAGCUACAUCUUUGAAACUUAAAUUAAGAAGAUCUACAGAACAAAGUUUAUAUAAAAUUCAAAGAAAUUCUGAAGUUAAAGAGUCCCAUCAUGGGAAACAAAACGAGACUGAAGUAUCCAGAGGUAGCAGAAAUAGAAGACCCCCAGUGAGAUUUUCCGCUUAUCAUUGUGAUACAUUACAUGCAGAAAACUCUUCUCCUUCCUUGAGAAAUAGAAAGAGUAUUAAUUAUAAUGAGGAUAAGUUACUUAUUAAAUCUAUUGUAUCAACUAUGGAAACAGAACAGAAAGUAACAAGAUCAAAGGAAAAUAAAAAGUCGGAUGCUGCUUUUGAUAGUCAUAAUACAGAAUGUAAACCAUUGAAUUCAAAUGUUAGAAACAAACGACAUCAUAUUCCUUCUACAAAAGAUUCCGAGGAUGACAGCGAUACAAAUAUUAAAAUUAUAAAAGUAAAAUUAGUAACAAAACCUAGUAAAUCUGAAUAUAAUCUGAAAAGUAUAUUAGAUUAUUCUCCAGAAAGAAAGAGUAUGACAAAGAAAUCAAAUUUAUUAACACCAGUACGAAAAACUGCCACUCCUAGUAAAGCAGAUAAACAUAAAAGAACAAUUUCUAAUAGUGAACAGAAAGACAUUCAGAAUACUAACAAUGUCAAUGAAGAAGAUUUAUCUGAUAUGUACAAAUGUAUUACAAUUUCAUCAACAGAUAAUACUCCAACUACUACACGUAAACAGAGGAAAGUAGUUUCUAACACAGUACAAAAAAAUGUCGAAUUUACGAAUAAAAGUGACAUAGAAGAAGAAUACUCAACUGACUUGCAUAAACGUAAGAAAGUUUCAUCGGUAAAAAGGAAUAUUCUAACACCACAAAAUCGAAAUAACAUAGAAAAAAGUAUAGAAUCACGUUUAGAAGAAACGCACUUGAGUACUCCGAAAUCACGUCCAAUAAAAUGUAGUAAUUUAACACCAUCGAUGCGAAAAAGAAAUAGCGUUUUAAUGAAACCAGCUACUCCAUUGCAAGAAGCUAAGUCUAGGUUGCACGUUUGUGCUGUACCAAAGUCUUUGCCUUGCAGAGAAGAAGAGUUCAACAAUAUUUUCACAUUUCUUAGAGGAAAAUUAGAAGAUAAAAGUGGCGGGUGCAUAUAUAUAAGCGGUGUCCCAGGGACUGGUAAAACUGCGACUGUAAAUGAAGCUGUGAGGUGCUUAAAAAAGUUGAUAAGUAAAGGCCAGUUAGAUGAUUUUGAUUAUGUCGAAAUUAAUGGUAUGAAACUGACAGAGCCAAGACAAGCUUAUGUACAAAUCUUAAAACAAUUGAACGGUAAUAUAGUCACUUGGGAGCAAGCAUAUCAUGUACUUGAAAAAAGGUUUCAUAGGACAAAUUCAAAGAUGACAUUACUCCUUGUAGAUGAACUCGAUUUUUUGUGUACAAAACGUCAAGAUGUUGUAUACAAUUUGUUAGAUUGGCCAACAAAGGCAACAGCACAAUUAGUUGUUAUUACGAUAGCUAACACUAUGGAUUUACCCGAGAGAGUUUUAAUGGGUCGUGUCACAUCUCGCCUAGGCUUAACUCGAUUAACUUUUCAACCAUACAAUUACAAACAGUUACAAGAAAUAGUAAUGUCCAGACUUAAAGGCUUCAACGGCUUUCGGAAUGAAGCUGUACAACUCGUUGCACGAAAAGUUUCUGCUGUAUCUGGAGAUGCCAGACGAGCUCUAGACAUUUGUCGUCGUGCUAUGGAAAUUGCAGAAGCACGACAUGCCGAAAAUAUUUCCCUCCAAGAUGUAACUGAGGCUGUGUCCGAAAUGAUCGCCUCGGCAAAAGUACAGGCUAUAAAACAUUGUUCGAAAAUGGAACAAAUAUUUUUGCAGGCAGUGUCUGCCGAAGUUACGCGGACCUCUGUCGAAGAAGUAUAUUUUAAAGAUGCAUAUCGUCAGCUUGAAGCGCUAUGCUCCUUUGAUGGUAUAGAGGUACCUACCGUGACAGAAAUUCUUGCCGUCUGUGCAAGAUUGGGUGCUAGCCGGUUAUUAAUAUGCGAACACUCAAGAAACGAUAUAUAUCAAAAAAUUUUAUUGAACGUUUCCAUAGACGAUAUUCACUACGCUAUACACGAGCUCAAUUUACAUUCAGAAUAAGAAACAUAAUUUUUUUGAAGCAAAUGUAUUUUUAUGCGUGACUGAUGUGUUCUAAACAGUGCCUUAAAUAUAUUAGAUAAUUUUA